AAAAGUUCCUAAAUUAGUGCGGGAUGUGUUAACAAAGUAGGAAAGUGUGUCUACUUUUCUCGGAACUUUUCUUUAGAAAAAUCCUGUGUGUUAAAUUUUUAAUAUUACUUGACGUGGCGUCACUUCUUGGUGAACAGAAUAUUCAAUAAGGAUUGUGUUUUAUAAUUGGGUUUGAGAACUUAUUCCAAAAUGUCUGGCAUUGCUGCAGCAAGGUUAGCUGAAGAACGUAAAGCUUGGAGAAAAGAACAUCCUUUUGGAUUCGUUGCGAGGCCUUCAAAAAACCCGGAUGGAUCAUUAAAUUUGAUGAACUGGGAGUGUUGUAUUCCUGGCAAAAAAGGCACACCAUGGGAAGGUGGUCAUUACAAAUUAAGAAUGAUAUUCAAAGACGAUUAUCCAAGUAGUCCACCAAAAUGCAAAUUUGAACCCCCACUCUUUCAUCCCAAUGUUUACCCAUCCGGCACAGUUUGUUUGUCGUUGCUUGACGAAGAAAAAGACUGGCGACCAGCUAUCACAAUUAAACAAAUAUUACUUGGUAUCCAAGACCUUUUGAAUGAGCCAAACGUUAAAGAUCCAGCUCAAGCUGAAGCAUACACUAUUUAUUGUCAAAACCGUUUGGAGUAUGAGAAGCGAGUAAGAGCACAAGCCCGAGCUAUGAACCAACAAGAGAUAUAAGUAUUGAAAUGUUUGCUCCUCUAUAAUUGGUAUUGUAUUUUUACUACUUUUAACAGGAAAUUCAUUUCUUAAUUCCCAUGUUGUAUUUUCUUGAAUAAGGACUAUAUAGUAAAUAUGAAAUGAUUACGUUUAGUUUUGUAAGAUCUAUGUAUCAGUAAAUUUGUUCAAAUAAAAUAAGGUAAUUUAUAA